UGAAUUUUGAGUAUGCAAGCAAAUUUCUCUUGAGUAGAAAAAAAAAUGUUUCACUCUCUUCUCUUUGUCUUCCUCUUCCUGAUGUUUUAAGCAGCCUCUCGGGUUUCAGGGCUCCCAGUAGGAACCAGUAGGAACACAGUGGCUCUGGGCUGUCACCUUUUAAUCCGCAGAAAUAUACAUGGAAGUCCCUGUGUCAAGAGAAAACCAGGCUCCAGGAAGCACUUCAUUAACUUUCCAGUCCUGGUGUCUCUGUAUCAACAAUGAACCCUCAAGAGCCAGACCCCAGAAAGGCCAGAGCCCAGGAAGCCAACCCUGACUGCAGCCCGGAUUCCACCACUGCAGCCACGCCGACCUUGCUUCUGGAUGCACAGCCUUCUCUCUUCCCACCUUCUCGUAUUCUCAGCUGGACCGUCACCACGUGUCACAGCACAGCAGUCACACCGUUUUGGAUAGAAAUCACAUGCCUGCUUCUCAUCAACUCUCUCCUAAUUUCAUAACCCAUUUUUGAGCCCAUCCACUUUUGUAAAACCUUUCUGACAGCUGCCAGGAAAAUGAACUCUGGUCUCUACAUCUUCGACUCUGCCAUAUUCUACUUUCUAUUUAGCUUUCACUCAACAAGUAUUUCUUGAAAACCCAGGAAGCCCUUUUUGGGCUGAAGCAGGGGGGUAGCAUGAGGAGACCUUCACCGGAAAGGAUAGGGCAGAAGUUAGGAGGCCACUGCAGAGACCCAGGCUGGAGAUGAAAGCCACACAGAUGAACCUGAGGAUCCAAGGGGUGCAAAGUAAGAAUGGCAGAGGUGAACUCGUGCUGACACGGUCUUCGUGACUGAGACAGAGCAAAGUCCUGGUAGUUUCAGAGCUGCAAACUAGGAGAUCUAUAACAGUCCGUAGAACUGAAUUGGCCAGGGAGACAGCAGGCAACUGCACGGCUGUGAUUCCACCUUUUCUUUCUAGUGCACAUCUCAGGAGCCAGAGCAGAGGGCUCUGAUGAACUUCCUGCUCCUGCCCUGCCCAGUAUUUUGAAUAUUUUUAAUGUGUGUGAAUUAAAAUCUUUUCAUUGCCAUAGUUCUAAAACUGACACUUUACCAGGUAUGAUGGUGCACAUGUGUAAUCCUGGCACUCAGCAGGCUGAGGCAGGAGGCUCACUGUGAGUUUAAGGCCAGCCUGGCCUCUGUAGUGAGUUCAACACCAGCCUGAUUACACACUGAGACUAUCUCCCAAAAAACCCCCCAAAAUAAAGUCAAAACAGAAACAGACAUUUUGAGAAUAACAAAGGCCUAUCUACUUGUUUUGUUUUCUCUACAUAUUUUGAAAAAUACAGGACUUGUGUGACAGAGUGCAGUCAUUCCCAGUUCCUCAUCCCAUGAGAGUGCCACAGGCUGGGCUGCGAGACCUCACCUGCCCAUGACAGGCAGGCCCAGCCCAGUGCUCUGCACACCUGGGCUGCAGAGCCAGUGCUUCCAAGCCUGUGCAAUCGCACCUGUUCUUUUGCCUUGUGCAGAGCGGAUGUCGCUGUGGUUACAUCGAAAAUUCACCACCAAUUGUGAAAAGUAUCUUUGGGGUCACAAAGCUUCCUUGGUGGGUUUGACAUGCUGCAUUGAUAUGCCCCCCACGGUGCUCUGUGGAAAGGGGCUGCUACCCUUGGCUUAGCUAUGAGGCUGGAAAGCCCCCAAAUCAGCGGUAGCUCACUUCCGCUUGUUUUCAAGCAGUACACCCCCCAAAAGUCCAGCCAUCAUCACACUCGGAGACCUGGUUCCCUAGAUCCAAACCUCUGAGGGUUGACCUAGUGCCACCCUAACUAGGCAACGUAUAUGUCCAUGUCCACCCAUCCUCUUUGUCACCCUUCAGAUUGCAUCCUUGAGUCAGCAGGGUCACAGGAUACUCCUCCUGCAGUAGGGACAGUAACCAAACAAAAUGGGAAGCGGCCAUCUACAGCAAGGCUUGCCAUGUUGAUGACCUGUCUGCUUCCUUGUUCUCAUUCGUCUGAGCGGAAGAACAGCACAGCGCGUACACCCAGGAACACACACACAAAUCAUCGAGGAGCUUUUUCUUUCCCUAUCUCCUCCAUCUUCCAUCUGAAAAUGUUCCACGUGCUGGAGUAAUCCUCAGUGAGGCAGCUCUGAAACUACAGAAAGACUUCAAGGCCACCCUAAACUACAUAGUGAGACCCUGUCUUAAAAAGCCAAUAGAUAAAUAAAUAAAUAAAGUGGAUCUACAUCUGCUGACAUGGAAAGUUUUCCUUCUGCUAAAUAACAAAGGUAAGUUGCAGUGUGUCUAUGUAUAUGUAGAUAUAUUAACAACCCCACAUGUCUAAAACAAUGCAUAAACAUCUGUUUGUGCACAGAUAAUAUCUGAGGAACACACUCAACUAUAACAGUGGUUUUUUUCUAAAGUGAUGACAAUCAAAAACGUUGAGACAGAAGACUUUGUACUCACUUUUUGCACUGUCUGAUUUUUUUUAUAAGAAUAUAUUACUUUUACUGGGCCUGUUGGUGCACAGCUGUACUCCCAGCACUCUGGGAGGUCACAAGCCUGAGCCCAGCUUGGGGAAUUUAACAAUGAGUGAGACCCUGUCUCAAAAUAAAAAUAAGAAAGGGCUGGGGAUGUAGCUCAGUGUGAAGGCUACAGGUUCAAUACCCAGUAACCCAUACCCAACCCUGAAAAGAAUAUUCUUGUAACUUAAGACACUUAAAUUUGCUUUUUUGAAAUAUAAAAUGUUCCAUUUCAUGGUUAAACACUUUAGAUGCUGGGGUGAUGCUGGUGGUGAAAUCAAAAUAAUUGAAAAAAAGGCACCACGCCCUCAAAGGCUGGGGCUACAGCUGAGUGGUAGAACACUUGCCCUGGGUCUGAUCCCUAGCACAAUAAAUACAAACCGAAAUAAAUGAAAUAAGCAAAUGUAAAGCCCAUCCAACACUUGUUUGCUUUCCUUUAGCGAUCAGGGAAGUGCAGUCCAGUGGACACAGCUCAGUCCAUGCAGUGCUGUGACUUCCUGAGCUCUGCCACACCCAUUGGGGUGCAGCGGGGAGGCAGACCACGGAGCAGGCUGUAUCCAGAAUCACCAGCAGCAAUGGGAGGGGUGCCAAUAGGGGAUUCUAAGGAGGAAGCUGGUGAAAGGGGAAGAAAGUGUGCCAUUGAGGCUGGAAGGCAAGAAGGAAGAGAUCAGAUCACAGGGACAAAAGUGGGAAAGCUGCGGGCCUCCCCCACUCCCACACGGGCACACUUUUUCCCAGCCCCCAGCCCAGGGGAGGAGAGAAAGGAGGUGCAAGUCAGGCGGGGAGGAGGUCGGGGUGUGGCACAGCAGGUAGCAGACUUGUAGGCCAGGCAGGACAGCCAGGCAAAAUCGGGCACCGGAAGCCUUGAGGCUGGGAGGGGUCAGCCCACACAAGGGCUGGUGAAGCCAGCCAGGGGUUGAGUUUCCAGGUGGAGGGGAGCUGCAGGGGUGAUGGCUGUUGGGCUGCUGCCUAAGAGGCAAUGAGGCUGUGUGGUCAGCAGAGGAGGCAGGUGCCACCAAGGUGUCCCCUCUAACGCUGGAACAGGCCUGGACUGCCCUUCUCGAGUUCCCCAGAAGUGGCCGGGUCACCUGCUCCUCUCCAUGCCCGGCCUCAGUGCCUCAGUGCAGAAGCCCUAAGGCGACAUGGAGUGAGGGCCAGCGAAUGGGACACUUUGCUCCCUUCCUGCCUCUCAUCCUGGUCUCCUGAAUGCUUUCGUCCGCCUUCACCUGUGUCUGUUACUCGCACCAAAGAGCCACGUGCAUGGCCAUUUCCAAGCACUUUUCUGUGCCCCCAAACCCCCGGUUUUCAGUGCCCACAGCUGCUCCCAGCCCCUCCUUGGGCUGGAAGGUGACAACCGCGAAAACAGAGCGACUCGCCGCAGCGGGGGCUUCGGGUGACAUCACAUCCUCCAAAAUCGACGUCGGGCCUCGCCGCCGGCCCAAGGGUGCAACUUCCCCACUGCGCAUCCCCUGGCUCCUGGGCGCUCCCUUCACGCCUGGACUCCAGGCUCUGCCCUGCGCCGAGGAGCGCGCGCCAUGGCCCCGCGAGGAAGCGCCUGGCUGCUGCUGCUGCCGGUGGCCCUGCUGCUCGACGCCGCCACGGCCCAAGGUGCCAGUCAGUUCCGAAUGUCACCCCGUGAACUGGUCGCGCAAGUCGGCACCAAAGUGACCCUGCGCUGUGAGGUGCUGGUGCCUAACGCGCCGGCGGGAUGCUCGUGGCUCUUCCAGCCCCGCCACGACGCCAAAGGUCCCACCUUCCUCCUGUACCAUUCGGCGUCCGGGACCAAGUUGGCCCCAGGGCUGGAACAGAAGCGAUUCAGCCCCUCGAAGAGCAGUAACACCUACACCCUCACGGUGAACAGCUUCCAGAAGCGAGACGAAGGCUACUACUUCUGCUCGGUCUCCGGCAACAUGAUGCUCUACUUCAGCCCGUUCGUUCCCGUCUUCCUGCCAGCUCCUCGCACCACGACGCCCCCUCCCCCUCCCACCACGCCGACCCCCAGCGUGCAGCCCACGUCGGUGCGCCCCGAGACGUGUGUGGUCUCUAAGGGCGCAGCAGGUGCGAGGUGGCUGGAUCUCUCCUGUGAUGUCUACAUCUGGGCGCCCCUGGCCAGCACAUGCGCGGCCCUUCUGCUGGCACUGGUCAUCACGAUCAUCUGCCACCGCAGGAACAGACAACGCGUUUGCAAAUGUCCUAGGCCCCAAGCCAGGUCUGGAGGCAAACCCAGCCCUUCAGGGAAGUUAGUCUAACAACAUGGCGCCCAGCCUGUGCGAAGCCACUACAUGACUUUAUACUGAGAUCAUUCCUUGGACAGCAAGUGCUCCUCUUUUGGGUUUCCCAGUCUUCCUUCCUAUGUAUUUGUUCUCAUUACUAUUUUAGUGGGCAUGGGGUGGGAAGAGUUGCUUUUUCGUUAGACAAAAAAUAAAACCAUGUAGCAUCUGCAGCUCACAAGGGUCACAGGGCUGUUACCUCACACAGGGGUUAGGGUAGCAAGCAGGGCUCUCAGGUACUGGAAUUCACUCCCUUCCACUCACUUGAGGGUGGGCAGCACCCAGGGGUCAUUUAUCCCUCAUCAUGCUCCUCCACCCACUUGAGCUCAGAUGCCACCCAAAGAGCAGUCUAUCUAAACCCAGGCCAAAGCACAUGCAACUGCUUUUUGAACCCGAGAGCCUAAUUUAUCUGCAGAGAAUGCAGUGCUCCUUUGUCACUUAUAUCUGUCCAUGACCUUUAAUAAAUGUGCUGCUUUUCCCUCACUA